CAGCAUGUCGGUUUUGAAGCUCUCGAACGCACGUGCAUCAUCAUGAGCCGUAUGAUCGUCUGUUGUUGUUGUCUUCUGCUCACUCUUUUUCUAGAAUGUCAAGUGACGAAGGCCUAUGCACCAGGCGAAUGCAACCUGAAGGCCUCUGAUCUGGGCCCUGACUGGUACAAGGUACCCCAGCCUGUGCCCGAGGAGUCGGAGGGGGCCGGGUAUGAGCCCUCGUACGUGCACAUGCCUUGCGCGCCGACCACCAUGUUUGAGAUCAGUGUGUGCGGAUGUACCAAUCUCGUCUCGCUAAUCUUCACCUCGAUGCGCGGAAAUAGAUUUUGUAUCAACCUAAAUAUUUCAGAAGGAAAACCUGAUAAAAGAAACACCGAAGAACGGCGAAAACUCAUAGAACCCGGAGAUUUUGUGAAAGCUCUUGAUCCAAAGAUUGAAGAGCGCAACACCGCGGGUAACGUUGUCCUAAAUACACGAACCGGAGAGAUGACAAACUGCCCCUUCCGGGCGUCCAGUCGCGGCCAAGACUGGUACCUGGCUUGGGAACCAGGCGAUGUCUGGCGGCAUAUGCGCUGCGCCGAUGGUACCUUGUUCAGCAAGAUCAAAUGCACGUGCGAACAUAGGUCGGUUGCUCUACGGGAGCCAAUAAAGCCAGAGGAUGAGAACUUAGUAAUCAUUGCAGAGGACUCCAUUAACACCCAAGACAUGAACACUAUAAGUCGGAGCCUUGGAAUAAAUCUGAAUGACGUCGAUUUUGGAUUCAACAAGAACAAAGACGAUGGAGAUAUUCCCUUCUGGAGAAGAAGCAAUCCUACGAACACUCAACCGGAGGUAAUUCGUCCUAGAAAUAUUCUGUCCGAUGUCAGUGUUAACAUUCACCACCAGAACCAGCUCCUUGGCACUAAUAGACGUAGUGAAGUCAACAUAGGCAUGGACCAAAUAUCUGACGCUCAUAAAGAGUUGUUAAUUCGCUUAAGAUCAGGCCCCAGGUCGUUCUUGCCUACGGAGAAGACGUCGUCGAUCCUGAUACUGGAUCGGAUAGAACAAAAACCUAAUGCUUUGCCACGGAAUACCGGGGCUGUUCUAAAUGAGGCUCCUGUGAAUGUUGAUUGGAAAGUUGAUGCCAACAUACCGAAUACUAGAAAGCCAUUUAUUUAUGUUGAGCCAAAACCGCUAGAGCGUACAAAAGUUGAUCAUGAGUCAAAAGAAAUGCGAGAGAUGCAGACAUUUUUUAAUGAAUUUAAAGAAGUGCAUAAAGAAAGAAAUGAAACUGGAAAUAGUGUUCCUCAACCGAAACAAAUUGUGUAUCAACCAAUAGUCGAGAUUGUAAAACAUGUAAGUGAUGACGUCAAUAUAGACGUUUUAGCAGAUGUUUUAGGUGUCAUCGGUAACCAAAUUAACGCAAUUGAAAACACUAAAGUCCCCGUUGAAAGGAUUGUGGAUAACGUCAACGUUCAACCGAUCGUUUUCGAUAUGGGCGCUGAUUCCGUCGACGUAGUCACAGGAGCAGAGUGCCGGAAAAAGCCGGUGUUGGAUCUAGGGGACCAGUAUUUCCUACUUCCGGUUCUAGGGGUUGGCUACAUCCCAUACGCAUGCCACGGGGACCAGGUGUAUGACCACUUUAUAUGCGGCUGUCGGAAAGCAACAAGCGGAGAGGUUGCUUACAACGAAAUGUUAUUUCCUUCCCACGAGUGCAAUAAGCGGGCCAUCCCAGAGUUAGGACCAAAGUUUUUUCAGACGUUUUCGGCUGGUUUGGGGUAUGUUCCCAUUGCCUGUCAUGGCGAUACGGGAUUCGACGUAGACAAAUGUACAUGCGUGUGACGGACAACCAGUCGUUAUCUGACGACCAUCUAAUAAACCAUCAUACUGUUUGCAUAUGUAUACUAAAUGAUGACAGGGUUUCAUCACACAGAAACGUGAACGACUAUGUCUUUGCUACAUCAACCCAUUUAUGCCUAGCGUCUAGAAAAAAGGCAUUGGCAAAUAGCGUAGACCCAGAUGAGACGCCGCAUAAUUCGGUGUCUCGUCAGGGUCUGCGCUGUUUGCUUAAAGGAAUUUCUAUAAAAAAUAUUCUAAAUAUAGAAAUACAUAUAUUAGACAUCCCCAAUUUUGGAAAUACAUUGAUCCAAUUUAAAAAGAUGGCAGAGUCAACUAGACAUAAAUGGGUUAAAUAAAAGGUCAAACUACAGCAAACUACGCUUGUAUUAAUCUGUUGAUAAUCUGCCGGACUAUUGCUAAUGAAUGUUAGUUUGUAUUUAAA